AUGUACCUAGUAGUAGAAGUAGAGUAUAGUACUGUGCUUAUCAGCUCAGCUGCUCGUAAGCUGUGCAGUGCACUGCUCAUCUCUCCCCUCUUCAUCACAGUGCACCUCGCCGCCGCCUUGCAUCCUCGCUGCAGUUUCGAAACAAUCUCCCACCGACGACGCUGA